AAAAGGCUAGCACAUCACCAUUAUCUUAAAGUACAAUAAUUGUGCAUUUUGAAAACUAUUUAUAAAAUACUUUGAGAAUAAUUUCUAUUAAUAAUAAGCAAAUGAAGAAAAAAGAGUAUAAUAUGAAAAUAACCGUUGUAAGAGAGUGGAAACGUGUCACCCUUCCCAGCCUACCUGUCUUCUUCAGUUUCCCAUGGGAUUCUCUUCCACUUCGUGCCAUCGCUCGUUGUCUGUCUUCUUCCUUCUCUCUUGUUUCCUGAACAAUUCUCUCUCUCUCUCUCUCUCUCCUCUCUCUCUCUCUCUACCCGUGAAUCUUUCUCUAUCGUUUUCACUGGCUCGAUUCAUUCACAACAAACAAAACCAACUUCACCAAUUGAAUCCAAUCAACACACACUGUUACAGUGUUAGUGUUACUUCCACUACUUCACUCUUUGCUUCCUUCAAUGUCUCUUGCUUCAUUCAUCCAUGUCUUCUUCACAAUCUUCACCAUCUUCUUCUCUGUUUCUGCUGUCGAAUUUGACUUCGGCACAUUGACUCUAAGCAGCCUCAAGCUUCUCGGCGAUGCCCAUUUAACCAACGGCACAGUAAGCCUCACGCGCGACCUCGCCGUACCCUUCUCCGGCGCCGGCCAAGCACUAUACUCACGCCCCGUCAGAUUCCGGCAACCGGGUACCAACAUUCCGGCGAGCUUCACCACCUUCUUCUCAUUCUCCGUCACCAACUUGAACCCCUCCUCCAUCGGCGGUGGUCUCGCGUUUGUUAUCACCCCGGAUGAUGAAACAGUCGGCGACGCAGGUGGGUACCUCGGCCUCGCCGCCGGCUUCAUCGCGGUGGAGUUUGAUACCCUUAUGGAUGUUGAGUUCAAGGAUAUUAACGGGAACCAUGUUGGCGUGGACCUCAACAGUGUGGUUUCGAGUCAAGCUGGUGAUUUGGAUUCCAUUGGGAUCGAUCUGAAGAGUGGCGACACGGUGAACGCGUGGAUCGAGUUCGAUGGAUCGAUUCAGGGGUUGAAUGUUUGGGUUUCGUAUUCCAAUCUGAAACCGAAGGAACCCGUUUUGUCGAUGAAUCUUGACAUGGGUCAGUAUCUGAAUGAUUUCAUGUAUGUGGGGUUCUCUGGUUCAACGCAGGGUAGUACAGAGACUCACCGCGUGGAGUGGUGGAGCUUCAGCUCGUCAUUCGGUGGAACAGGGUCAGGAUCCUCGCCGCCGCCGCCUCCGGCGGUGAGUUUGAUGAAUACGACGGCGAGUUCUGUGAAGUCGCCGCCUCCUUCUCCGGCUCCGUCAGCAAAUUCAUCGAAUGAGGUACGGAAGGAGAGCAAAUCGUCUUGCCACAAUGGGCUCUGCAGGCAAGGUUUGGGAGCGGUUGCUGGGGUUGUUACUGCAGGGGCUUUCGUUUUGGCUUUGUUUGCAGGGUCGUUGUUUUGGGUUUAUUCUAAGAAGAUGAAGAGAGUUAACCGUUCUGAUUCUCUAGGAUCGGAGAUCAUCAAAAUGCCAAAGCAGUUUAGCUACAAGGAGCUCAGGACUGCUACCAAGUGCUUCAAUGCGAAUAGGAUAAUCGGUCACGGUGCGUUUGGGACUGUUUACAAGGGGAUUUUGCCUGAGAAUGGGGACAUUGUUGCUGUGAAAAGAUGCAGCCAUAGUAGUCAGGGUAAGAAUGAGUUUCUAUCUGAGUUAUCCAUAAUUGGAAGCCUUAGACAUCGGAACCUUGUUCGUCUUCAAGGAUGGUGCCAUGAGAAAGGCGAGAUUUUGCUGGUGUAUGAUUUGAUGCCUAAUGGGAGUUUAGACAAGGCUUUGUUUGAGGCGAGAACGCCUCUUCCUUGGUCUCACAGGCGCAAGAUUUUGCUAGGCGUGGCUUCUGCAUUGGCCUAUUUGCAUCAAGAGUGUGAGAAUCAGGUGAUUCACAGAGAUAUCAAGACUAGUAACAUAAUGUUAGAUGAAGGGUUCAAUGCCCGUUUGGGGGAUUUUGGAUUGGCGAGGCAAACGGAGCACGACAAGUCUCCGGACGCGACGGUGGCGGCUGGAACAAUGGGGUACCUGGCGCCUGAGUAUCUCCUUACAGGUAAAGCUACGGAGAAGACCGAUGUGUUCAGUUAUGGCGCGGUGGUGCUUGAGGUUGCCAGUGGGAGAAGGCCUAUAGAGAAAAAUGCUGCUGGAGCUGGGGUUGAGAAAGAUAGGGUGAGAAGUAAUUUGGUUGAAUGGGUUUGGAAUUUGCACAGGGAUGGGAAAUUGGUAAUGGCAGCUGAUCCAAGGCUUGAGGGUGAGUUUGAUGAGGGGGAAAUGAGAAGGAUCCUCUUGGUUGGUUUAGCUUGCUCUCAUCCUGAUCCAUUGGUAAGACCUACUAUGAGGGGUGUGGUUCAAAUGCUGGUGGGUGAGGCUGAUGUGCCUAUUGUACCAAGAACCAGACCAUCUACAAGUUUGAGUACUUCACACUCUCACCUCUUACUGAGCUUGCAAGAUAGUGUCUCUGACUGUGAUGGUAUAAUCACCAUCUCUACCUCUUCAUCAGAGAACAGCUUCAAUGGUGGAGAUAUAGUCUGAUGGGAAUCUUUGGUCCAGACCAGGCCGUUUUUAAUUAUUGACUCUUAGUGUAAAUAGAGAGAUAUCAGAUAUGUAUUCAUUUGUUCAUGUAUGUAAGUAGAUGACAAUAACAUGCAAAAUUAAGGGUCUUGAGAAAGAAAUUUUGAGGAUCAUGCAAUUCUGCCUCUGGUGCUCAUAAUUCAUGGCAGAGUUCUGGUGUACACAUUUUCUCACAAAAUUACUCAGCAAUGCAAUAUUUUGGUUUGGAAUGCUACAAGCAAUCCAGGCACGGUUAUGGAACUUUACAUAGAUCA